CAGAGGGAGAGGAGAGAGAAAAAAGAGACGGGAGGGAUGUGUGUGAGUGUGCGGUGAUCGGUGCUGCAGGUACAGUCGGAGCCGGAUACAGGAUUUAGAGCCGCACCGGACCGCGGCCGAACCGCCUCGGAGCCUGCCUCUCUCCCCUCUUCAUCCCCUCCGAACAACCGUCCCUGAUGUCUGGCGGAGGAGAGGUGCACGUCCUCCGCCAAGAGGCCGGACAAGAGAGCCCGAGGAUGCCGGCCUGGAAGCGAGAGAUACUGGAGAGGAGGAAAGCGAAGGGCGGCGGGUCCGGAGGAGCCGGUGCCGCGGACACGAGCCCCGGUGGUGCGGGCCCGCAGCGGGUUAACGGCGAGCUGCCGGGAAAUGUGAACGGCAGCAGCAGCGGACCCAAGACUGACAGCGGACCGAGCGGCGGGUCCGGGCGGAACUACACCAUCACCCCAGCCAGCCAACACUUCGGGAACAACAAAGAGCCACGGCCGACGGCCGCGGAGAGGACGGUGUCGAGGGAGGACGGCAGACAGGAGAGCCUGGUGCUGCAGGAAAGCCUGGGCCCGCUGGAGGAGAACCCAUUCAUCAAGCUGGAGAAGGAGCGGAGGAGGCGACAGGACCGAGAAAACGCCGCUCGUCCGGUGCAGCACAUCCUGGAGCUGUACGGCAGCGUACCCGGUAUACGGACUAUCCGCGCAGAGAACAUUAUCAUCAUUGAGUCCGACCCGGAUUACUUUCCGGAAGCUGGAGGGCUGAAACCCGGGUCCAAAUGGCAGCAAAACGGUGUCAAUAGUUACAGCUCUCUGAACGACCUCCUGGACCGGAGAGGGAGUGCUGUUACCGAGAUAAGAGCCAAGGAAGUGGUGAUUUAUGACACAACGUUAAGCAAGAGUGAGGAGAACUUGAGCACCCUGGGCCGCCCUGAUCAUGAGGUCUCAUAUGAGACAGGUGAGGGUCAGGGCAGGGUGAGCCGGAUGCUGCAGAAGUUUGACAGCAAUUACGGGAAGCUGCAGAAGAAGUCCCACAGCACAGAGAACCUGCUGGACCUGGACUGUAGUGCCAGCAGCAGGCCAAGACUCUGGCCCAAGCCACAGCCAGAUCUGGUGCCAAAGCCCAGGCCAGGCCUGUCGGUCAGCAGCCCAGGCAGCAGCCAGCCGUCCUCGCCUGUCUUCCAGGGCCCCUGGUCUUCCAAACCAAAGCCACAGCCCGCUGUCUCUGAGCUGGGCAGCCCCCAACGCUCCGCCGAGCCCCCUCAGUCUGUGUCUUCCUUCCGUCAGCGGUUUGAGGACAGCGGAGGCCGUGGCUCCCCCAGAGAUGAGCCCGACAAGGGGCAAACCAAGCCCACCAGAGAGAGAGACUGGGAGGGCGCAGAGGUGCCACCCAAAUCCAAGGUGCCAUGCUCUCCGGAGACCCUUCGUGCCCGUGCCGAGUCCCCCUCAAGCCCCAUCUCAUCCAAGGUGUCACGCUCCUCGCCUGACUUCGAGAUCCGUCCCUCCCCAAAGCCAGACCUCGCCCGAAUUCCAGAUGAGGACACCCAGGCACGGGCCCUCGCAAACCUGCGCCUGCAGUCCCGAAACUCCUUCACAGUGAUCCCCAAGCGCCGUCCUCCUGCCUCAUCUGCGACAGGCAGCCCGACACCGUCCAGCCCCGUCCGGUCUUCCCCCUCCCACAGAGCGGCAGAGGUGCCCACGCAAGGAGUGCCAACCUCCCACACCCCGGUGCCCACUUUGACACCCUCAAAGAGGAGUAAGGAGAAAGUGCAGGAGGAGAAGGAAGUCGAGAGGCAGGCGAGGCCAUCCAUGCCUGAACCAUCUUCUCCUGUUGCCACAAGUCCAACACCUCCUCCGCUCUCAGAACCUCCUUCUCCAUCCCCAGCUCCCUCCUCUCCACCUGCCCUGUCUUCACCCCCGUCUUCUCCGGCUGUCCCAUCUUCACCUUCCUUCUCUCCGGUUCCCUCAGACUCUCCUGUCCCUUCCACGCCUUCCCCGGCUCCUCAACGACCUCCCGUGGAUCACCUCCCAGUAACAAACAUAGACGACAUUGAAGUGGAGCCCCCGCAGCGUGUCCCUGCUCCCAGCCCCAUGGUGCAGAGGAGAAAGGGGAACACCUUCACUGUGGUGCCUAAGCGUAAGCCCGAGGCCCAGCCGAGCUCACCUGAGCCCCAGCAGGAAGCCUCAAGUGAGGCCCCACCGGGGUCCACUCCCCCACAGGCCCCGUACGCUCAGCUGGGCUCCCUGCUGAAGAAACGCUACCCCGCUGUGGAGGAGAUCGAGGUCAUCGGUGGGUACCUUUCCCUCGCCAAGUCCUGCCUCUCCAAGACGGGCUCCGCGGGCAAGAAGCUCAAGAUCUCUUUCAACGAGUCGAGCCUCAAGAGCACGUACGAGUAUCCGUCAGAGAGCAGCGCGUGGGACAGCGGGGAGGAGGAUGAGGAGGAGAAACGAGAUGAGAAGGUGGCGGACGAACAGCCAAGCAUGGUGGGACGCAUCCACAUCCCCCGACCCAGCUUCACCGGCUCGCCCACGCACACGACCAACAGCAACGACCUUUCCAGCUACGUCCCCAAGCACUCGGUGGACUUCAGUGCCUGGCAGGAGCACAAACACGAGGACAGUGUUUACCAGGAGAACACCACUUCCCAACAGACACAGACGACAGAGGAAGUAAUGCUCACGCCGGCAGACAGCUCCUCCCUGUCUGACUACAGCAGCGAGCCCGCUCUUUACUUCUGAUCAGUCGGACCAGUCAGCUGUACAGUAGCAUCUCACCUGUGGGACCAGACUGCAGCCAGAGCCCCGAGCGUGGCUCCGUCACACCCGGGUCUCCAGCUCUAACACUCCAGCCGUCUCUAAGCACAUCUUCCUGCUCAGACAGGAAACACAAUGUUUUGUUAUUUCUUUCUUUUUUGUUUUUUUGGGGCUGAUUUCCUGCCACGGUACCACUGCACGCCAAGUUAUCAACUGCAUAUCAGAGCAGAGCAGCUUUUUGUCAGGCGGCCAGUGAUCCAUUCCCACCUCCUUCCUGACCUGACGCAACAAAUCCAAAAGCAGCUGGACUGUGUUUCCCCCUACGAUCCCGGACAGUUGAUCUGUCAGCCCCCCCCCCUCCUCUUCCUCGCUCCUCACCAACACAAAUGUCUGACAGAAUCAAAUCCGUUGCGACGUCUGUCUUCCUCUCCAGACUCUGGAAGAAGUUCCCCUGCUUUCCUCCUGCGAUUCUCCGCUUCAACAUUUGCUUCAGGUUUUUUGGCGGAUGUUGACAAGCGAAGGAGCCGAAAGCGAGUGACCUAACUUCUUAAAAAGAACAGGAAGCCGCCAGUGCCCACGUGUAGGUAACGCCAUGGUGACGGAGUUCAGUGUUAGCGUGGAAACAUGUCACGUAGGACAUGGGAGGACGCAUCCGCUUCUGUAGAUCGCUGGCAAACACACAAAAACAAACAAAAUGGUGAAAGGGUGCCACAAUUGUAGUUUUUUUGUCCGUGUUUUUGUUUUGUUUUUGUACAUGCAUGUUUUGAUUUCAGCCAACAGCUCGGUUGGUUCUCUGACUGUAAAGCUUCUGUAUGCCUUUUUAGUUUUUGUAUCUUUUCUGGCAAACUAUGCUGUAUUGAAGCUGCUGGACGUUUUGGUCGAAGAGUCUUAACGGCAAGCAAACUUCAACACAAACUCCCUCCUCUGCGACAAGGGAGGGGGAAAUAUGCACCCCAGGGAAGAUUUCUGUCAAUCAGCAGCAGCAAACUCUGAUUUCUGAUUGAACGCUUGAAAAAGUGACCUUGGCCAAUAAUGUCUGUAUGUCCGUAUUGCUGGUGACAAACAAAAAUCAUACUGUAGAAUGUCUCUGUAUAUCCUCUUAUCAAGGUAUCUGUGUUAUCAAAAGCUGUUAGACCUCCUGACACCUUUUUUUCUGGCUUCUCGUGUAUUUAUUCCUGCUUAUAGUUGAAGUUUGCAUGUCUGAGACCUGCUCAUGUACAAAAGGACGUUUUUGUAAAGUCAAAUUUGCCGGUUGCUGAAGGAUGGUGCGAACAGCGCCACCGGACAUUUCUUCUUCUUUGUUGUUGUUGUUUUUUUUUUUUCUCCAGUCGGACCUCAUGUACUUUCACAUUCCACAGAGGAAGAAGCCGGUCCAUUGAAGUGAUGAAGGCGACAACGAUUAUGAUCACUCAUAAUGUGGCAUGUUUGUGAGAGCGAAUGCAAGAUUGUGUGUUUGGAAGAAUAUGUAAUUUUUUUGUUUGUUUUUAAUUAAGAUUGUUUUAUAUACAAGAAUGCACCAAGUUUCCAGAUGAUUUUUUUAAACGCAUAAUGCCAACGGAUUAAAGUGUUGCUGUAACGGCCUCACAUUCAUUCUUUACGCGCGCAGGAUCGACCCCUCGGCCAGUAUUGUUGUACAGUUCCCACCAUAUUUUCAUAAGUACUAAGAUGUAUUUCUUACUCCUGUCAUUCAUUUUUCUAAUUUCUCCCAUCAGAUGAAAUUUGCUCAGUUGGAUUUUGCUGUUAGGAGACGAGGCGUUUUGUCUUUGUCCAAUGAAUUUAGGAAUAAUCUGUUUUGUCUGGAGUCUUGGAUGUUAAAUGUGUUUGCACUGUCAUGCUUUUAGCUUUUAUUUGCACCUCGUGAGAAGGAGCGGAGUAGGCCACAGAGGAAAUGUGCACUUAUAAAGAACAAGAAGUCUAGUUGGAGAGUUUUGUUUCGAAACAGUAUAGCCACUAUAGACACCUGCUUUUAUACAACCAUUGAUUGUAUGUCUGAUACAGUAGAUGAGUAAGAUUUUUGAGCCCUUGGUUGGCAGAAUCAAAUUUUUUAGACUGCAGGUAUUGAUUUUUUUUUAUGAUCAAAAUGAAUGAAUAGCAUUUUGGAAUAGAACUCUUCAAUUGUACAUGAUGAAUGCACUGCCGAUGAAUGCCAUGUCCACUUUUUGUACUGUUUGCCACAGCCUUGCAUCAGAAGUCUUAUGAUUGUCGGCCUUGAUGCUGUGACCACAAACUGUAGCCCAAGUGUAGUUUCCCCACACAGGUCCAGGGCUUCAUCUUUGACCUCAAGUUACCUCAAAAAAACACCCCUCAAAUCCUUCUUUGCAGCUGUUAUCGGCCAGUUAACCCGAUGUGUCAGCCUCUGACAUACAGUAGCUUUAAAGGACCAUACCAGUGAUUUUGCGAGUUUUAGCCCAUUUGGUACAAAUCACAUAUACUUUGCAUUACUGCUAACCUUUUGUCCAGACGUCCACUGGUUUCCACUCAAUUUCAUAUGGCAUGAAAAUCUACUAGCAGACUCUAAACAUACAGCUUGAAACUUGACUGUUUCUAUACCACAAUCAUACUUUACUCGAAACCUUUUCUUACAUCUACACAAGAGGCUAAACUAAAUGUGAAGCACAAGUAGCAAAAAGAGCUUUGUAGUGUCAAACUGGCAAAAUCUGGAUCUAAAGAAAUUCUCAAAUCAAAAAAACUGGUUUAAAAAAAAGAAUAUGGAUGUAUCAAAGAGUACUGAGGUUCAGUAUCCAGCCCUAUAAUAUGCAGUGCAGACUUCUUAAAUUAAUCUGUACUCAAAUUACAUUAUCACACAUUAUGACUACAAUAAGUAUAAUGCAACUGACAAUGGAGUGCAGACUUUAUGUUCACUGUGAGGGUUAGCACAGCUCAUGCAGGUUUAAAUAGCGUACUGAAUCAGU